UCUCUUAAAGUCAAUCAGUGAAAAUAACGCUGAUUGAAUCAGUGAAACAGUAUGUCACGGACAAUCAGUGAGUAUUUACUGACAUUUAGUAACAAUACUCCCACCUUGGUUCUCAGACUUACAAUUUACUGAUUUUAGCCAGUGGAAGUAAGAUUUCACUGCAAAUCUGUAACCGCGAGCCAAUAAGAGCUCAGUUUGUUGCUGCGCGAUAUAUCCGUUCUUUUGUCUGCGGCGUCCGCGAUAUGCGUGUGCUUGUGUCGUGUGUCGUGCCGGUCGUGUCGUGCAUCGUUCGUCGUACGUCGUAACUGAUGCAACACGAUACUGAUUACAACACGUUAGCUGCUAUCCGUCUGCAUUGUCCGCAACGAUCGACGGUAUUUGACUAAAAUGAGAAAAAUAACAAAUUUGUCUAUCCAAGAAUUAGGAACAAAAAUCGAGGAAAUAACAGAUGAGGAGACACGAAAAAAGUUUGAAGGUGUAAAAAUUUCAUUAAAAUAUAUCAGCAAUGGAGCCUUUGAAAUGUUUUAUGUGUCGUAAGACUGUAAAGGGAGAGUUAAAUGGUUUGGCAAGACAUUUUACAAUAGUACAUGGUUUGACACUCAAACACGGAAUAGACAAAGUUGGGUUUCAAUGUGGUCAAAAAAAUUGUUAUCGAAGAUUUCUUCAUUUUUAUUCUUUAAGAGAUCAUAUAAGGAAAAUUCAUUUUUCUCGAAAAGAAAAUUAUAACCUUUCUGUAGAAAAUACAGAAUCCACUUCUUCGUAUGAUGAUAUAAUUAUUAAUGAAAAUGAUGCAAACAAAAUAUCUGAAAAUUCAAAUAAUGUAGAGUCCUUAAAAAUUUGUGACAAUUUUAAUUUAAGAGAUUCUUUGAUAAGUCUAAUAAUUAGAUUACAAUCAAAAGUAUCAAUGACGGGAAGCAUUAUAACUGAUAUUCUUGAUGAAUAUGAACAAAUAACAAAUAAUUUGUGUUUAUCAUUAAAAACUAAAGUUGAACAAUUUUUGCAAUCUAAAGAAAUGCUUCAUGACCCUGAUGUCAAUAAUUUAUUAAAUUCUUUUGAAAUAGAUAAAUCUUUUGAAGGUUUAAGAACACUUGAACAACAAAUGGAAGUUUUAACAAAUAAUACAGAAUAUAUCAAGCCUCAGGAAAUACCUUUAGGUGAACGUAUAGAAAAUGCAAUUGAUAAGAAAACAGGCACUUCUGUACCAAGAACAAUUCUUGAAACUUGUCAAUAUGUUUCUAUAAUAGAAUCUUUAACAAUGGUGCUUAGAAAUAAAGACAUACGCGCUGUAAUAGAAGCAGAGAAAAAAUCAAAUGAUGGCAUUCUUGCAUCUUUUAUUGAUGGGCAGCAUUUUAAAAAUCAUCCUUUUUUUCAGAAAUACAAACAUGCCAUUAGAAUUCAACUUUAUUAUGAUGAACUGAAAAUUGUCAAUCCACUUGGUUCUAAGACCGGUAUUAAUAAAUUAGGAGUCUUUUAUUAUACAAUACAGAAUCUUCAAUCUCACAUGAAUUCUGAAACAAGCAGUAUUCACGUUUUGCUUCUUUGUUGUCAUGUUGACAUAAAAAAAUAUAAAAUGAAAAAAAUAUUAAGUCCUUUCUUAGAAGAUCUUGUAAAGUUAGAAAGUGAUGAAGGAGUUUGUUAUACUUUUAGAAGGACAAGAAUAUAUUUUGCGUGCAUCAUUGACUGUAUUUGUUGGGGAUGGAUUAGCUGUCCAUGAAGUAUUUAAUUUGCUAGGUCCAUCUUCUAAUUUCUUUUGUCGAAUGUGUCUUUAUACUAGACAAGAUUUGCAUAAUGGUAGCAUAGAAAUUAAACAAUCAAGAAAUAUGGCAGUUUACAAUGAGCACUUAAAUUUACUACAUAAUGCAAACUAUAGCGAUAAUGCUAAAACAUUAACAGGAAUGCAUGGAGAGUGUUGCUUACAUUCAUCUCGUUUCUUUCAUAUAUGUAAAAACCUUAUUUUUGAUCCAAUGCAUGAUAUUCUUUGUGGUAUUGGACCAAUGAUAUUAAAGUUAGUUUUAAUUCGUUAUACUUUGGAAUUAAAAUUGUUUCAUAUAAAUGAUUUUAACAACAGAAUAGCAUCAUUUUAAUAUGGUUUUGUUGAAAGAAAGAAUAAGCCUUCGGCAAAUUUCAGUGAAAGAAUAUUGCGUGUAAAAGGGCAUACUUUAAAUCAAAAAGCUAUGCAAAUAUGGUGUCUUCUUCGCGUUUUCCCUUUCUUAAUUUCUGAUUGGGUCUUGACAGGAGAAGAACAUCUACAACUGAUUCUCAUUUUGCUAAGAAUUAUGGAAAUCGUAUUUGCGCCAAAAGUUACAGUUUCUCUUAUGUCUUAUUUGAGAGCCCUCAUUAUAGAUUUUUUGGAAACAUUCAAACAACUUUUCCCUGAUGUACAUAUGAUAAAUAAAUUCCAUCAUUUAACUCAUUACCCAGAUUGUAUGUUGUGGUCAGGACCUCUUCAAUUGUACAACUGUAUGCGUUAUAAAGCCAAACAUAAUGAAAUAAAACUAAGAGCACAAAAUGUUCAUAAUUUUAAAAAUCCACCGAAAACAUUGAUAAGAAUUGUUCAAUGUUCUCAAAGUGCUAGAUGGGGAAAAGGAAAUGCCACAAUUAUUCGAGUUGAGCCAUUAAAUGGAGAAACAGUUACAGUGCAAAAUUGCCAAAGUCGUACAUAUUUACAUGAUCUAGGAUAUGUUGAUACUGAUUCUAUAUUUACCACUAAUGCUAUAAAAAUAAAUGGUGUGGAAUUUCGACUUAAUUUAUUAGUAUGUCUUAAA